AUGAAUGAGAGGCGACCGGAAAGAAUCGAUAUCGAACAUCCACUAGCCGCGUACAUGCUUAGAUGGGUCGUUCUUCGAGAGGCAACACCAGGCGUAAAAAAAGCCCAUCUUUACAAAGGGACUGAUCCGCCCAAAUUUAAUCCACGACAGAUGGCAUUAGUCACGCCCAUCUCUGACUUCUUUGGUCCAUUGCUAAGUGCUGAGACAGCUACGAUGACGUCUCCUCAGUUGUUCCAGCGCCAGCGCAGCGUCAAGAUAAUUAGAGCUCCCCGAGACUUCAGCUGUGUAUCGAUCGAUGAGGCCGAUGCCCUGCGCUUCAACAGCCUGCGGUAUCCAGCCACGCAACAUCCGAGCCGCACGAGCUUGACCCGAGAGCCGCGCGAGAUGCACCGUCGAAUUUCCCUCGGCAACGACGCCCCAUCUUUUGAAUGGAAAGGAGAGCUCAGCUUCUUUGACUGCGAUGACGUGAUCGCAGUGGCUGGUUUUCGCCUCCUUGGCCACUGCAUUGAGUCUUUCUGCCAAGACCAUUUCCAUCCCAAAAGCACCGCUGCCAGCGAAUCGACACCUGCGUCCAUGAGAGGCGUGUCUUAUGUCACAUCAUUACCAACACUCUACUUAACGAUGGAUGAUAUGACCGUGGAAACCUCGUGCAAUGAUACAUUAGGCGUAGAAUUUCGUGGCGCAAUGGCCCGCUAUAUUUCCCCUGCACUUGCUUCUAGAUCUAGGUUUCACGGCAGGUCUACAUUGAACUCACUGCUUAGCUGUUCUACGAGUUCUGACGCUGCCAGCGAAUCGACACCUGCGUCCAUGAGAGGUGUGUCUCAGGUCACGUCAUUGCCAACACUCUACUUAACGAUGGAUGAUAUGACCGUGGAAACCUCGUGCAAUGAUACAUUAGGUUUCACGGUGCUUGGAACGACGCUAGGAAAGACGAGAUCGAAGCUACGCUCGGGUGAUCAAACAGCAAUGUUGUAG